UUAAAUUAUCCUCAUUGUAAACUGAUGGAAAGCAUGAGCAAUGUCACAGAAUUCAUUCUCCUGGGCUUGACUCAAGAUCAAAAUUUGAAGAAACUCUUUUUUAUUGUGUGUUUAGUAAUCUAUGUGAUUACACUGGCAGGCAACACGCUCAUCUCAGUCACCAUCUUCAUCAGUCCACCCCUGUCUACUCCCAUGUACUUUUUUCUGUCCUACUUAUCCAUCAUAGAUGGUUUCUACUCUUCUUCCAUAGCACCCAAAAUGAUCUAUGACUUAAUUUCUGAGAAGAGCACUGUAUCAUUCAAUGGCUGCAUGACCCAGCUUUUUGCUGAGCAUUUUUUCGCAGGAGCUGAAAUCAUCUUGCUGAUUGCCAUGGCUUAUGAUCGCUAUGUAGCCAUAUGCAAGCCCUUGCACUAUAUGACCAUCAUGAACCGUUCUCUGUGUGUUUCCUUGGUGGGAGCUGCUAUAAGUUUGGGAUUCAUCCAUGGAGGAAUACAGAUUUUAUUUAUGGCCAAGUUACCAUUCUGUGGCCCCAACACCAUCAACCACUUUAUGUGUGAUUUAAUACCACUCCUCGAGUUGGCCUGCACUGACACUCACAUUCUUGGGCCCCUGAUUGCUGCCAACAGUGGGUCACUGUGUUUCCUUACUUUCUCUAUGCUGGUUGCUUCCUAUAUAGCCAUCCUUCACUCCCUGAGGAAUCACAGUUCAGAAGGUCGUCGCAAGGCCCUGUCUACCUGUGCUUCUCACGUAACUGUCGUUGUCUUAUUCUUUGUACCUUGUUCAUACCUGUACCUAAGGCCUAUGACUUCCUUUCCCACUGACAAAGCCGUGACUGUAUUUUGUACCCUGGUGACACCUAUGUUGAACCCUUUAAUCUAUACCCUCAGAAAUGAAGAGGUCAAAAAAGUUAUGAAGAAGCUCUGGGGUCAAAUGUGCAAAGCUGGUGAUAUAUAA